AUGAGGAAUAUUCAUCAAUUAGAUGUAGAUGCAUUUCAAUGGUUAUCUGACAAGCAUCCAAGUGAAUGGUCAAGGUCUCAUUUUACUACUUCUGCACAAUGUGAUGUUUUGGUUAACAAUAUAUGUGAGUGCUUUAAUGCAAUGAUUUUGAAUGCAAGGAAGCUGCCACUUAUACCAUGCCUUGAGGCUUUGAGAAAUCACUUAAUGCCUAGGUUCUUCAACAAUAGAAAGAAAGCUGCUAAUGAAUGGAAGUCUACAAUAUGUCCUAGAAUUAUGGAGAAAAUUGCAGUUAAUGAAGAGGCAGCUGCAAGUUAUUUAUGUACUCAAUGUGAUGAGGAUUUGUUUGAAGUUAGAGGGAUGUGGGAGGAUGGUCAACAAGUUGAUUUGAGAAAAAGGUCAUGUAGUUGCAGAAGAUGGGAACUAACAGGAAUUCCUUGCAAGCAUGCAAUUAGGGCAAUUUGGUUGAAGAAAUUACAAGUCAUCAACUUUGUUAGCCCAAUGUAUUCUACAGAAUGUUAUUUGAAAGCUUAUGCAGGUUCUAUUAACCCUAUGGCUGGGCCAGAUGAGUGGCCAAUUACAGAUAGAGAACCACUACUACCCCCAUUGUACACAUCAUGUAAGGCAGGUAGACCAAGAAAGUUAAGGAAAAAAAGUGCAGGAGAAGUAAGCAAAACACCAAGAAAUUUGACAACAGUGCAAAGGAGUAAAAUAAAACUGCAUUGUACCAAAUGUAAGCAGCCAGGCCAUAAUGCAAGGAGGUGUCCAACAGAUCCUGCCAUCAAAGAAAGAUUGCUCAAUCCAAAGAAGAGGAUUAGAACAAAGAAAAUUCCUCAACCAGUGAGAGAAGCAACCAAUGAACUAGUGGUAGAAGCAGUUAGAGAAGAAGUGAAUGAACCAGUGAGAGCAGUUGUGUUUGAACCAGUGGUAGAAGCUGCCAAUGAGCCAGUGAUAGAAGCCAGCCAAUGA